UUCGUUCAUUUUUACAUGGAAGUCGAACUUUCAAACGCAUCUAAACUCCAAUUAAAAUCGCGAAUCGUCUCCUGUCUCAAGAUAACGUCAGAGGAACCUAAUUUUGCAGCGAAUCGAUGGGAAUUACACAAAAUUCCCAUUUUACAAGCGAAAGGGUACAGCUCCCUGGAGUGCGUGUCACCGGAAGAAAUCAAGUCGAGAAUUGGGCAAUCAGUUCAGAAUUUGGCAAAUGUAAAGAAAAACAAAUUUCUGCUCCAGAAAUUAUUUUUGCAGGAAGCGAAACACGUAGAAAUCACAAUAGAAAACCGACUGAAAGAAGAAAUUAUUCGAGAAGAAGAAGAAAAGAUCAAAGUAAUUCGUGAAAGGCGUCGAAAAAACACCCGUCAGAUCGAAACUAACAAUUUACUCCAAUUGUUUCUGAGUUUUCUUGACAGCCGAGAUUCUUGUUCUCGCGUUUUGUCCAUCCGAAUGUUGGAAAAAGAAUUGGCCAAUCGCGGUGAAAAAGAACUUGGCCCACUUUUGAAAACCGUUCAGACGUUAUCAACGUCGUACUUUGACAAAUCACACAAAGCGGCAGAUAAAACAGAUUUAGAGUCGGCGAAAGAACAACUUCACUGUGCUAAAUCCAAUCUGAUUGAAAGUGCACUCAAUAUUGAACAUUUGUGGAGGGAACUGAGUCAUCUCUACACGGACAUGGAAAAACGUUCACCGCUAAUUCAAAAAAUUCCCCAACUGGCAGCUCAGCAUUUACUGGACGGAUUCUGCCUCGAACUACUCGACGGAGACUCUAAUGUGAUCCACUUGCAAUGGGUGGAACAAGUUUUAUUCCAACUGGGGAAAUUGGUGGAAGGAAAACGCGUUUUCGUCUUGUCCGUUAUAGGCGUCCAGAGCAGCGGCAAAUCGACUUUGCUCAACACAAUGUUCGGCAUCCGAAUGAGGACCAGCGUCGGCCAAUGCACUCGAGGUGUCAACAUGCAGCUGCUGGCCGUCGAGGGCCGUCCCGAGUACGACUACAUUUUGCUUUUGGACACGGAAGGGACUCGAUCACCGGAAUAUCACGGCCUGGCCGGAAGCGAAAGACGGGACAAUCAAAUGGCAACUCUGAGCAUUUUACUGUCGGACGCGACCAUCAUCGUCAUCCCGGGAGAGAACGAUGCGGCCGUCAAAGAAAUUCUACCGAUCGUUUUAAUGGCCUACCAAGGAUCGCAACUGGCCGAAGAAAACGGCGGACGACUCAGCCCCAGAAUCUUCUUCGUUUACAACCGGAUCGACACGAAAGAGAAACACAAAUUAGACACCAUCAUUCAAACGCUGGGGACUUCACUCCAUGAAGCUUUCAGUCAAGUUCAAAAUAUGACUGGCAAUUCGAGUAAUUUAAAGUCGGAAAGUCCUUUCGCCAAUUUCAAUCUCACCUCGACCGACUCGUCUCGUAGUGACGUUUGCAUUUUGGGAAACGUCAACAAACAAACCAAACCACCGGGAGAUGUUCCGGAUGAAGAAUACGGAAAAGAACUCAUCCAAUUUCGAGAACACAUCCAUCAACGCGUUACAGCUGUCGAAGGUGGUCAAAUGUGGAAAAGUAGAUCCAUCGGCGAAUUUUCCAGUUACAUCAAAAAUGUUUGGAAAUGUAUCUGCUCCGCCAAUUUCACCUUCACUUUUGUCACUGUGAUGGAACAUGCAAUGUUUGACAAAUUGGAUUUGGAGUACAAAAAGAUUGAACGAAAAUUGACUGAAGCUUACGAAAAGUCCUUCAAAAAAGUAAAACAAGAAAUGAUAAAAUCGACCGAAGAAAAAAAAACUUCAGUUCCCUUUAAAGACUUCGAAGGCAAAUUUCUCAGUGAAUUACAUCUCACAGUAAAAGAAUUAGAUAAAGAUGUGAAUAAUGUAGUGAAGAAAAAAGGCCAAGAAAAGUGGGAACUCCAAUUUAAAAAUAUGUGGAAUCGCAACAAGAACGACCAAGAUUUUAACUGGCGAUUAAAACUGAAAAACGCCUUCGAUAGACUAUUCAAUUACGAAAGUCGCGUAGAAGAAUAUAAAAAAAAGAUGCGCAAUGAAAUCAACAAAUCCUUCAAGUCAUCAACGAAUUCGAAAGUGGAAUGGAAAUGCGAAUGGAACGAAAAUGAAAAAAAUAAAAAAUUUGAAGAAAUGUUCAAAAGAUAUUUGGAUGAAGCGAAAAAGGAAUUUCCUACCACAGACGUACAACGGGAAAUAAAGAAGGUGUGUCAGAACAGCAGCGUGAUAAAGACAAAACAAAUUGAAAUAAACUGGACUGAUAACCGCCUUAUUUUACCUUCCCUGCCAACAGGAAAGAAUAAAGAGGACAAAAAGUCAAGUGGCUUCCAUCCGAUUGAAUAUUUAAAACGACAGUUUUCUGCCCUUUUAAAUGAGAAAGAAAAGGAAAAACAAAAUUCCAUUAACAUGUGUGCUGAUUUUGUUAACGACGCCGUCAACAGAAUUGCAGCUGGGAUGCUCUGUUAUGAUAAUAGCAUCGUUUCUGAAAUUAUUCGUGAAAUAGAUUCAAAACUUAACACAUACCACAUUACUGAGAAUUCCGUUGUUCAAGAUAUGUUUCAGUAUGGUAUGGUACUGACUGUUACUUUAAUGAAGAAAGUUCAAGAUCAAUGGGAAAAAGAAAACUCGGUGCCUGCGAAACUGGAGUCCAAUAAAGAAAAUCUGCGUAAAAAUUUCAUGAUGGUGUCAAAUGGCGUGGCAAAGACUCAAUUGUUUGCAUCUAACAUGGCAGACAUAUUGAAAGAACAUAUUACUCCAGCUUUUGAAAAUGAAAUGGUGCAGAGGACGUUUCAAGGAAUUCGAAACGAGCGUUGGCUAUACGACGCCAGAUUCAUGCAAAAGCAUAUCGAUCUCCAUUUGAUCGACUUGCUGGAAAGAAAUCAACUGGGUCAAGUACUCGAUUGCAUACGUAAUCCUCAGACGUUUUACGCAGACAUGCUCCACCUCUUAAUCGCUCAAAAGGUCCCCAACGUAGACGAAAAAUGGCAAACUUUCAGAUAUCAUUUGAGAGACGCAAUUAAAAAAGCGGCAGCAAUCGAAGUCGACAAAAAAAGAGCGCAAACUUUUGUCAACCAAUUACGAAAAGAAUUUUUAGAUGGUUAUUUGCAGAGCGAAACUUUACACUCGGCAUUUCGAAUUGAUUGCAGUGGCGAAUACGAAGACUUCAACAUCGAAGAGAAGAAAGAAUUUCAAGAGGCCUGCUUGUCAAAAUUAAUUGAAGUGCUAGAAAAGCAAGAAGCUAUUACAAAUCAAAAAGACUAUGCAGAACAACUGAGUCCAAAAGUAGUCACACACAUGAAAAAAGUAAACGAUAAGGCAGCACUGUCUCGAUGCGACGCUUAUUGUAGCAUGUGUGGGAGUUUGUGCAUCGAAGCAGCCAAUCACGACACACAAGACAGACCUCAUGAUGCAAUCCAUCAACCAGAGGGAAUUGGAGGAGUAAAUUAUGUAGGCACUGAGGAAUUGGGUCACAUGACAUGCCAUCAAUCUUAUGAAGAAGACGACAAAUUUUAUCUUAACAAUGAUUUGACUGUCUCGUAUCGAUACAGAGACUACGCCAAGAUAUUUCCUGGAUGGAGAAAUCCUCGCAUCAACGAAGAAUUGCCAUUACGCGAGUACAUUUUUGCUACCUAUAACAACGAAAUUGCCAAAAAAUACAACAAGAAACCUUCGACUAAAAUUCCCCUAAGCUACUCUUCAAGAACUUUAACCUCCAUCAAGGAACAAUUGGAAAGAGAAAUUGCGGUUUGAAGAUGCAACAUUUUUUUUCUCGUUUCUUUUUUGUUUUAUUGAAUUUUAAAUAAAGCUUUCAAUGUAGAUUUUAUAAUCAAUGAGCUUUACAUGGGACUCAGUUACAGCUACACCAGCGUUAUUAAAGUGUUUAUUCUCAAUUUCGCCUAUAGUUAGUAUAUA